AUACAGUUUGUCAGAUUUGACUUUUUGUAGCAGGUUAGAAUUUACGCAGCAGGUUAGGAUAAUUAGAUUAAGGUUAAGAAAAGGCUUAGCUAAAAUUAAAACAAAUCUACUUUUAACGUUCAUUUAACAAAAGCUGUAUCCCUUCUAGACAUUACCAUUUUGUUCUCCCUGGCCUAUACCGUAUUUUGAUUCGUCGAGGCUAUGAUGUGUUAAAAUUGAAAGUGAAAGAGUUCUCCCCACGAAAUGCUGACACUUCCAGCCGACUCAGUUUACCGUGACAGCGUUUAACAAAGUAAAAGGGGUAGAAAAGUAAAGUGCAGUAGGCUUUCUCACCUUUCACCUGAGGGCUCUCGGGUUGUGGAUUCGUUCGCCCAUCUUGAUUGAAGAUGCUCCAUAAUUCCCGACCUUGCCAACCUCAAAGCUCUGGUUUUUCCUUUGAAAACACUCGCAGGAAUGCUGUGUUGGAGGGGAAUUUGUCAGAGCUUGGUUACAGUUCUCCUAAGGCAAGGAAGACUGGAACCACCAUCGCUGGCAUAGUCUUCAAGGAUGGGGUGAUACUUGGAGCAGACACAAGAGCCACUGAUGACAUGGUGGUAGCUGACAAGAAUUGCAUGAAGAUCCACUACAUUGCACCCAACAUCUACUGUUGUGGAGCAGGUGUGGCUGCAGAUGCAGAAGUAACCACUCAGAUGAUGUCAUCCAAUGUGGAGCUACACUCACUCAGCACAGGACGCCCUCCCCUUGUUGUCACGGUUACCCGACAACUGAAACAGAUGCUCUUCAGGUACCAGGGACAUAUUGGCUCCUCUCUGAUUGUUGGAGGUGUGGAUGUGACUGGCGCUCACCUCUACAGUGUCUACCCACACGGCUCCUACGACAAAUUACCAUUCCUUACUAUGGGUUCAGGAGCAGGGGCAGCUAUUUCUAUCUUUGAGGACAGAUACAGACCAAACUUGGAGCUGGAAGAGGCUAAAAAGCUGGUGCGGGAUGCCAUUACUGCUGGGAUUUUCUGUGACCUGGGCUCUGGUAGUAAUGUGGACCUGUGUGUCAUCACUCAGUCAGGGGUGCAGUAUCUUAGGGGCUAUGACCAGCCUGCCCAAAAGGGGAAAAAAGAAGGACAGUACAAGUACAAGCCUGGCACCACUGCAGUUUUGACAAAGACGGUCACACCCCUGCCUCUGGAUGUUCUUGAUGAAUCAAUUCAGCUUAUGGACACUCAGUGAAAUGUUUGCUGCUGCAGGCAUUAUCAAACACACUCAUGAAUUCCAAAACUCAUUAGUAAAAGUGUCUACUUUAAUUCUAAAUCCUGACCGGUACUUACUACCAAAAUACAAUUAAUGCAUUUUGACAUUUUUAUUAAACCUAUUAGCAGUUUCUACCAGAACAUGCAUGCAAUAGUACAGCACCGUCACUAUGAUAACCCCACACACCAAACCAUACACACAUCUAAAUCUAAUGUUGAAUAUGUCUGUAUAAUUGUUCUUACUAUUACAAGCUACUUUGUUAUAUUACUAGAGUUAUGACAUAUUACUGCUAGAUAUGCUGUUGCUACUGUACCAAAGAUUUGUAUAACUAACCAAAUGCUUCACAUUUAUACAUCCGGUGAAAUAUCUGUCUCAUUGUUGUAUAUGUCACUGUACGUUGUUAAUGUCAUGGCAAAUCAGAUGCUCGAGCUGACUGAUGUGACUGGUCCAAUAAACAAGCAGCUUCACUUUCUCUGACACCA